UCACUUUCACCCCUACUACGAAAAUCCCAACUCGAUAUGCAUAAAUUAAAAUCAUUAUAUGGUUGUUUGUGUUUGUGUUUAUGUUUUGUCAAUCACCGAAAAUCCAAAAACCCAAAUCGACAACACACACAUUUGCAUUCAUUUGCAGCAGCAAUAGCCAGUGGCAGAGGCUACUCACUACACUGUCCUUUUCAAUCUUUUUGUUGAUGGGUUUGCUUGCUUCUGAGUCCUCUUCAAUGGGUUUUCACUUUCUCUGACUCUCUCCAUUAAUUUGACCUAUCAACGCAAAAUGCGUGUGUAAAGAAACCCUAACUGUUACUGUCGGAUUUUCCUUCACAGUUUGUUUUAGCAGGAUUGGAGAGGUUUUAGCUGGAGAAGAAGCGUCAAAAUGUUUGGGUUUUCUCGCAGACGAAUGAAGAUUGGGAGGUUGAAAACUCCACUUUCAGAGUCUGCUCAUGGAACUAGAAGUCCAAUAAGACACCCAAAGCGCAGUGGCAAUUCCAAUGGUGAAGGUGUUACACCUCCAAUUAAUAAUUCUGAUGAACCCAAUUUUCAAUGCUCAUCUGCUGCACCUGAUCUUAAUGAUUGCACUUUGGGGAACUCUGAGAAUUGGAUGGGGCUGUCAAUUGCUGGGGACAAGCCUACACCUCGUUUCAAUCAUGCCGCAGCUGUAAUUGGAAACAAGAUGGUUGUAGUUGGUGGUGAAUCUACAGACGGAAUGUUAGAAGAUGUGCAGGUGCUUAACUUUGACAGAUUCUCCUGGACCACAGCUUCGUCAAAGCUUUACCUUUCACCAACUAAUCUGCCACUAAAGAUCCCUGCAUGCAAGGGUCAUAGUCUGGUUUCUUGGGGGAAAAAGGUGCUUCUCAUUGGAGGGAAAACUGACCCAGCAAGUGACAGAGUUUCAGUAUGGGCAUUUGACACAGAAACUGAGUGCUGGUCACUUAUGGAAGCAAAGGGAGAUGUUCCGGUUGCUCGCAGUGGUCACACUGUAGUUAGGGCAAACUCUGUUUUAAUUCUAUUUGGAGGUGAAAAUGCUAAACGGAAGAAACUCAGUGAUUUACAUAUGUUUGAUUUGAAGUCUUUUACUUGGCUUCCUCUUCAUUGCACAGGACAAGGACCAUCUCCAAGAUCUAACCACGUGGCUACUCUUUAUGGUGAUAAAAUGCUUCUAAUUUUUGGAGGAGCAUCGAAGUCGAAGACUUUGAAUGACAUAUAUUCACUUGACUUUGAGACGAUGAUAUGGUCGAAAAUUAAGAUACGAGGUUUUCAUCCAUCACCCAGAGCUGGCUGUUGUGGAGUCCUGCGUGGAACUAAAUGGUACAUUGCUGGGGGUGGUAGCAGGAAAAAACGACAUACAGAAAUGUUGAUUUUUGAUGUUUUAAAACAAGAGUGGUCUGUUUCUGUUGCAUCUCCUCCAUCUUCUAUCACCACCAACAAGGGGUUUAGCCUUGUGCUCAUGCAGCACAAGGAAAGGGAUUUUCUUGUUGUGUUCGGGGGAUCCAAGAAGGAGCCUUCAAAUCAGAUUGAAGUACUGACCAUGGAAAAGAAUGAAUCAUCUAUAGGCCAGCGAUUAGCUCCCAGUAAAGGUCCAGGAUCUUUACUCUCUGAAAACCGCUUAUCAUCCACAGGAUUGGCUACGCAAUUGAGUACUGGUUCUUUUAAUGGGUCAGUUGAUGCUGUUGCGAAACAAAAUCUGGCAUCUAUAAUUGAGCACCAUGGCUCUGGUAGAAGAUCUUUGUCAGAGUCUUUACUUGUGGAUUCAAAUCCUGUUUCUGGUAAUAUUUCACUCCGCAAGAAAUUUCACGAUGAGGAAGACAGCAUGAUGGCAAAGAGUUCUGAAGAUGGAAGUCCUUCACAGCAGGUAGCAGAGCAGAGAACAAAACAACUUGAUAUGGGUGUUCAGGCUAACAUUACUGGGAAUAAAGUCAAUUCAGAAGAAACAUCUUUAUUUGAAUCUGAUGGUUCGAACACCCACAACAAAGGAAAUGGAAAUCUUCCAACUGAUAAUGAUGAUAUAGUCGUAUUAUUAGAAACUGAUGGUAAAUCAGGAGGACCGUCAGUUCCUUCAAGCAUCUAUCAACUGUAUGGAACAAAAAUGGCUGCCCUAAUAAAAAAGAACGGAAUUUUGGAAGGACAGCUGGCAGUUGCAUUGGCUAGCCGGGAAGCUGCAGAGAAGAACUUAUCUUCUGUUCUCAAGAGCAGACAAGAGAUGGAAAAAAAACUGACAGAUGCGGUCAAGGAGAUGGAAUUGCUGAAAGAGAAGCUGGCUGGAGUUGAGCUGGCACAAGAAGAGGCCAACAACGUAUCAAAUAUUGUCCACUCUGACAAUGUAAGGCUUGAGCAUGAUGUGGCUUUCCUCAAGGCAGUGUUGGAUGAUACACAGAAGGAGUUGCAUUCAACUAGAGGAGUACUUGCGGGAGAAAGGGCAAGGGCACUCCAACUACAGGUUGAAGUUUUCCAUCUGAAACAAAGAUUGCAGUCUGUGGAAACCCGAGCACCAACCCCAAGGAAACCUUUCCAUCAUGUAUAGCACAGAGAUCAAUUCUCCGCGCUGUUAAGGUCAUAUUUUUGUACACGCACAUCAGUUAUGUAUUUAUAAUAUUUUGUAGUAGUAUUUCUUUGUUUAUUAAAGUACUUGAUGUUGGUGCUCCAUAUUGUAAAAUAUAGAUCCAGAACAUGUUUGUUCCUUGUAUCACAAGUCUGUAGAGAUGGCAUUGGCAAUGAAGCUGCAAAUGUACACUUUAGGGAGUUCACUAGUUAUCUUUUUGUUAUAA